AGUCAGGAAGAUAGAGCUCUCUGAUCGUAAGUGGCCGUGUAGAGCGAGAGCUGAUACAGACGUUUGUGUUAUUAGUCCCUGUUCAAGAGAAUCAACAUGACUGGCGCUUGAACGGAAUGUCAGAUUAGCUUUCAUUUGGACACAAUCCUCAUUCCUAGUUACUUAUCGCACACACAACUGGGCGAUAGCAAAGUUUCCAGACUUAUAUUAACCAUAUUUUAGUAGAUUCCCAAUCAGGCUUUUCUUUGUAAGACAGUUUACACAUACUGAAACAAAGUGGAUUUAACAGUGGCUACGUGGUUUACCCGCACUCCAAGAUGCUUCUGGUCUCCCAGCGGCUAGACUCACCUCGCAUGGACCCAUUACUGCCAGGAUCCCUGAAGAGGAAAUUGACUGGGGCUGUCGAGAGUUCUGCAUCGCUAAACGGGGUCUCUGACACGUCUAUGACCCAGGGAAGUGGCAAACGACCAUGUCUGGAGGAUGUCACCCUGGCAAUGGGCCCCAGCUACCCUCAGCCCCCUUUUCCAUCUGGGAUGGGCAACCAGGGGAGUGUUCUGGAAGCUAACCGACUGAACAGUAACAACAACAAUUUGGGCUCUCCGUAUUCCGUACCCCCGAAUACUAGUCCUGGAUCAACCCCAGGGAACGGCGGAGGCUCAGGGGGCUUGACGAGUAACUUCAACCCAAAUGGGAGUUCAGCCACACCUUCAGUGGAACAGGAACUGCAGGAGAUUUUAGAUGAACUGACAAAGAAUCCUGAUCCCUCUUUACCAGAGCUUGACAUUGAGAAGAUCUUAGGAAAAGAAAGCGAUGACCAGGCAAACAGUGCUGGAGGUUUUGUCCACCCGGAGGGUAACGGCACCCCUAAAAGAUCCCCACAGAGACAAUCGCACCUGGAGGCCCACCUAACUCAGUCCCCUGGUUUCUCUCAAUCUGGUUCCCCUCAAGUGGGUCCAAGUCCUGCUGGGGCACCAUAUACGCUACCACACCCUUCCAAACCAGUCCCGUCUCCACUUUCAGCAUCACCCCUAUCGUCCUCAUCUUCACAAGGGCAAAAUCAGGCACGGUCACCCAUGCUUUCUGCCGCCCUAUCAAGCCGGGCUGGAUCCAACUGGCAUGAGGUGUCCCGGGCCCAACAGCUUCAGCAGAUGGCGUCAAAUAAUAAGCACCAUUCUAACAGCAGUGGUGGUCCCCCACCUGCACAGUCAGGGUUGUCUGGAUUGGGCCAGCAGAGUACUUCCUGGGCUGGUCCCUCUCCACCCUACCGACCAGGGGAUAAACUGCCUAACUCAUCACCUCAUCAGCAGCCCUUCAGCCCAGCAGGUAAUAUUCAGAGCCCCCAGAGCUCUCUAAUCUCUAGCAUGGCUCCAGCCCCAUCCACCGGACCUUCACCACCCUACAGGCCAGAAAAGCUUGCCAGCCCAGCAAUUGCUCAGCCCCCUUUCAGCCCCCAGAACAGCCUUCUGUCUGGAAAUGCCCCACCAGGCGUUUCAGGCACUGCAAUCCAAGGUUCUCAGGCAAGUUAUCUUCCUGGUGUGGCUCCAACAUCAAACAACACUCGACCAUCGCCUCCUUACAGACCAGAUAAACAUCCGAGCCCAGCUGGGCAAUGCCAACCAGGAACACAACCUCCCACACAAGGACAUCUUUUCAACUCUCAAAAUAAUCAAGCACCUGCAAUGUCUAGUCAGCUGUUCAAAGCCAUCACAUCCAACCAGCCACCGAGUAGCCUCAAGCUCCUCAUGCAGGCACAGGGAAAGCCCUCACAGCUGCAACUAAACAAGACCACCACAGCUGGUAUGGGUCCAGAACCGUACUCCUUCAACAACACCAAGCCAUUACGACAUUUUGACCCCGAUCCCUCUGUUGCCAAACUGGGUCCUCUAGCUGUGGGAGUAUACCGCAAUGCUAGCAUGCAGCCCACAACGGCCACAUCGGCCACAGGACAUGGACAUCUUCUGCCACAGCGCAUGCAAAGGGGCAUGCCAACUGGUGGUAUCGUGCCUCACUGCAGAGAUGAUCAAGGUGCAGGAAUGGUGCCUCAUCUUCAGGACGCUCCGUCAGCAGUGCCACGGCAGCCCCAGGGCGGCAGCUACAACCUGAUGCUUAAGAAUCAGCUAAUAAACAAACAGAUUCAACAACAACAAGAAAAGCAAAGGCAAAUGGAGCAAAUGAAUGGAGGGCAUAUCACAGACUGCCAACAGGUGGCACCAUUUCAAGGUCCAGGUCGACCUCUCCCUCCGGAGUGUGGUGGUUAUCCUAUGGGGGCUUCUCAACAGUCGAAUUCCACAAUGCUCUCCCAUAGCGGUCCUUUAACCACAAACCGAAUGGGUCUUUCCUCCGGCUCAGUCUCCCAGAUGGGCUCGUCGGUUGGAGGAUAUAUGUGCAGCAAAGGUUCCAAACAACCACUCUGCCACCCUUCUCAAGACUUCGGAAUGGCGAUGCAGCCGGGCCAGAGCAUGAUGGGAAUGGGCGGCCCUCCACGUCAACCGCUACACCCGGCUCACAGUGUGACACGACCGGGAAUGCCUUGUCCCAACCUACCUGGCGGUCCCGUGCCGACCCACCACCUGCGGCAGGCGCUGCACCAAGGCGGAGCUCUUCCGUCACGUAUGAUGUUCCCUUCCCAGCAGCAGCCCACGUCACAGUCCCAGCUCUGGCAGCACCAGCAAGGGGUGCAACCGCAUAUGGACCCUUCGAACCACCAACAUCCCUUCCCCGCCGGAGGAGCCCCACCUGGAUGCGGGGGUCCUCAGUUUCCACAGCGAUCCGGAAUGGCAGGUAUGCCAGCCAACUUCCCUGGUUCCCGUCCUCCUCCUAAUCAAGUAGCCCCUGGUUUGGUUGGCAGACCGGACCAGAAGAUGCCCACCGCCCAGCCUCUAUCCUCCAUGUCCCAACAGAGCCUCAGAAUGCGAGGUCCGCUUUCCGCUCUCGCUGUUAUGAAACCAGGAGGUCCAUCCAUGAUGCACCCAGCUCAUGGAAUGGCUCCUCCUAGCUACCAGACUGCUUCCGCAGGCAAACACUGUUCACCGCAGGGCUACAACCCUGGACAUAAGCUGCCCUCCUAUGACUACACGCCACAGCAUCACAGCAAUGGGGCAAUGACUGGAGGGCUUCAAGGACACGGAGGAGGUGGCGGUGCGGACGUGGACUUCAUUGACACUCUGGUGGGCAACAAUGAAGACUGGCUGAACAAUCUCACCAUGAUUGAUGAAUACCUUGAGCAAAACUCAUAGGGACUGAUCAAAAGCUUCCUAGGUUUGAAAAUCACUACACACAGUACCAGAAUGGGGUCGUGGAGUCAUCAUUCUGUAAUGCCGCGUUCACACCAAGAACGAUAACUGUAACAGCAACUAUAUUAGUGUCCACACCAAUGGAAGAUAACAUUCUGUUUAUUAUAUAAGUGUGCUCGUCGUUAAACUAGGGUGGGAUUCUGAUUGGCUGUCAAUGUUUUUAUCAUUCAUCAGCUGGGAAAAAAAGCUCUCCUAAGGGCUUUUCACACUUGAAAUAGUUAACCCUGGGUCAUUCUAAACCCCGAGUAAAUGGAAUCCUGGGUUAUCUUUAUUCACGUUUUACACUGCUCAUACUAUACCCAGGGUUAAAGUCCUUAUUUGCAUAUUCGUGGUGUCAGUGUUAGUCACUGGACAAACGCAGCACGUGAUCUGUUUACAUAAAGGCUCUAGCAUUGCGCGUCCUCAUUGCUGACUGCAUUAUCAAGUUUUUUUCUGAAUUAACUUUUCGAACUAUAAAAGUAAGAAUGAGGGUCGCUUCACAACAAUUGCCGCGUUUUCCAUCGCAGUUUGACAUUUUUCAUAUCAUACAUGGAAACGACUGUUUAUACAUUGAGCAGUGUUUCUGUGACUGGCCAAAGCGUGUGAAUAUAAGGCAUGCAAUUGGUUGUUGGUUGCUAAGCAUGUAGUUGUAACAUUCUAACACCGUAUCGGUGUUAACCCUGCUCCGGAAGCAGGGUUUCAUAACCCCGGGUAAAAAGCAGUGUUAACCCCACAUCUAAGGGUACGUUUACAUGACAAUGAUAACGGAGAAGUUUUUCCUUUGAGUUUUCUGCGUACAGACGACACCAUUGUCAAAACGACCCCCAUUCACACGGAUCCGCGAAAACGACUAAAAACGCUAUAUUCUGUUGCCAGGCCAUUAGAUGGCGAUGAAACACCAUAGAAUGAACAUGUAAUAUGCAUGUACAUGCACACGUCAUCAUUUCCACAGAUUUGCGUUUUUGUUACUUACACAGAGACCGUUUUCAAAAAUUUGCACUUUGAAACCCGUUUUCAAAAGCUUGCGUUUUCAGGCACCCAAAACGCCGUUGUCGUAUAAAUGAACAGCCACAAUGUAUUAAAAGUUUUAUGUUUUUAGUUGAAAACGGUGUCGUGUAAACGGCCGCUGAAUUACAAGUGUGGAACGUUCCUUUAAAAGCGGGUGUUUAGAACGCCGAUAACCCGGGGUUAAGCGCAGUGCGAAAAGCCCUCUAGAGUGAUUCCAACAAUAUUGUUCUUCUGUGUCGUUAUCGUUGUAGUUGCGGUGUGGACUUCACUAUGCUCAUAGAAUUAGAAAGAUUAUUAAAACUUUAUAGUUAUCGUCUUUGGUGUGAACAGGCCUUAAGGUCAUAAAGCAUUUUUCCAUGGCUAGCAUAAGUGAGAAUGUAUCGCACUGCUGAAAUGAUGCACAGCUGAGCCCCUGAAAUGGCUUUUGGCAGCCAAUAAAACGCUUAUAUUAUAAGAUGCCCUUUCCUUUUCUCAAUGGUUGCUCGUCCAGUGCUCUUUGCACUGUAAAUUAAUACGGAGUGAAACACUGAUUUAUGAAAACAUGGGCUUUCCCCAGCAGUGUCAAGAAAGUUCUCAUUCAGUUAAAGGGAUAGUUCACCCAAAAAUUCUGACAAUUCCAAAUCUUCUGUGAAACACAAAAGAAGAUAUUUUGAAGGCUAUUUUUGUCCCUACAGUGAAAGUUAAUAGGGUCUCAAAACAACACGGACAUUCAUUGUAUGGACAAAAACCGUUUUUGUCAUCUACUUUACAUGAGGGACAGAAUUGUAAUUUUUGGUUGAGCGAUCCCUUCAAAUGCAGCGUGAUAGCAGUAUUGUUGGCAGUCUCGUGCCAGACCGGGCGAAUAUGUGCAGCUUUUCAUUCUUGCUAUUUGAAAAGCAUACAAAAUCAUUUCUGUGACGAACUAUUUGAGGGUAUUCCAAAAGGGGCUUGUGCUGUACAUAAAGUAUUUUGUAAAAUAUGGUUUCUUAAACUGUAACAUACAAAAGAGAAGUACACAUAUUUAUGCUUCUUUUCUGCUGAUGAAUUUCUUUGUAAAUAAUUAUCAAAAGAAUAAAUAAAAUAAAAAUGCAAUGAUGUAAAGAAAUGAGUGUCACAUUAAAAUUGCAAAAGAAAUAUUUUACACUAGGAAACUCUAUUGUAAUUUGUAUUAUGCAAGACGGUAUGGUUAGUUUUGGAGUAAUACUAUGUAUUACAAUGGUGAAAAAAUUGUUAUGUUUUUGACAUAACUGGACUUCUGGUACUCCAGUCUGGCUUAAGAGGGUUAUUUGUUUUGUGUUUUUAAAUUGUGAGGUUUGGAGUAUAAUGUUCCUCAGCCUUGUUACAGCAUUUCAUUCUGACAUCAGUUGCACAGUCUUAGAGGUUCUCUAAAUUGUGUCACAUUGCCAUAGCAUAAUACAUUUUACACUAGACACCAGUGUCUUUGUAAUAAUCUGUUCCAUCUAACAAAAUGAAGAUCUUGACGUUUUCUGGACCAAGGACACUUUUCAGCAGUUCUAGGAAUGUCUUUUGUAAGUGCACACCAGCUACACUGAAACAGCAGCCUCAGAGUAGCAGAGGGACAACAAUGUAUGAUCACACCACCUAUUAUGUAAUGACACCUGUCACAGUAAGUGCAUAAAACCCACAGUCCUUUGUGCCAGAGUCUUGGGUUUCCAGUAGUUCAUGACCAUGUAGUUAAUGCCAUGAACUUUAAGACAUUCUGAUUUGUGAUUAAUUGUGAUUUAUUAUAUUUUGUCUUCAUAUUUUUAGAUUGGAAAAUAAACUGCAUAAAAUCAAAAA